GACAAGUGAAUAUUCUGAAUUAUUUACUGUUUCUGAUAAUAAGCUUGUUUUAAUCCAAAUUUUUGGAGGUGAGGAUGAAACAGAAAAAAUUGGAAUUUUCGAUUUUGAAACCAAGAAACAAGUUAUACAAAGUCUCUCAGAUUCGCCAAUUUGGGUUUAUAAUUCAGCUUUUUCGGAAACUGGAAACCUUAUUAUAACAGAUUCUUAUUCGUGGAGAGUAUAUGUCUUUGUUCCAAAGAAAAUAGGAAAUUCUCUCAAAUUGAUUUGCAAGUUAACAACUACGUUUGGGGACUCACCAGAUACAAAAGUAUUCAUUACACCAAGAGAACAACUGCUCAUAUGUAAUCCUGCAUUAGGGUCCAUCACAAAAUGGGAUAUCGAGUCUCUAUCAUUUGUAACACAUUUUUUCUUGAGUAACGUUUACAUGGUUCAAAGCGCAAAGUUAAAUUAUGAUGAAUCAUUAUUAUUGGUACACGCAACAAAACUCACGGAAAAAGGAGGGUCUUGUUCAUAUUUAAUUAUUUAUUUGGCUAAUAAUGGGAUGAGAUUAGUAACUU